UCAGUGUGCCCCCUUACAUUAGGUGUGCCCAUCAGAGUGCUCCUUUACAUCAGUUGUCCCCAUCAGAGUGUCCCUUUACAUCAGGUAUCCCCAUCACAGUGCCACCUUACAUCAGGUAUUCCCGUCAGAGUGCCCCUUACCCUCAAAGUACCCCUUUCUAUCAUAUUUCCCCAUCAGAGUGCCCCUUUAAAUCAUAUUCCCCAUCAGAGUGCCCCUUUCCAUAGUAUGUGCCCAUUUGUGCCCCCUUAACAUAAAAUGUGCCAUCAGAGUUCACAUUAACAUAAAAUGUGCUCAUCAGAGUACCCCUUA